AUCCUGCCUUUCCCUGAGGGUGGAGAUGUUGGUACAGAAACGACGUCCAAAAUGGCCACAGACUUUACUAUGCUGUACAAAUAACAUACAGUACUUAAAAGUACAUCAGGAGUAGACUUUGCGUAAAUGUAAGUAGACUGUUGUUAUAUGCGGGAACGCAGUGGAAGUAUUUGCUGGGUUUGUAGGGUACUGUUUGCGCCCUAUUAGCUUGUGUGACAUAUUUGAACUACACCUCGUAUGAUAGCUGGCGUAAUUACAAAGUUACACACUGCUGCUGAGUGUAAAUAUGUUCAUUGUGAAAUUAAUUGCGUAAACUGUUCUCACUUUGUCGUCUCCAGUAGUUAGGACGGUAGUUGUGCACCCUCUGGUCACCUGCUGUGAACCCUUCCUGUCCCAGUUGUUCAUCAAGACCUGAUUGCCUGUAUUGUUACAAACACAACGCAACUUUUCCUUUUGUUGUUUUUGGGGACCCCAUCCCCUUUUCUGACCCCUGCUAGACAUUUGCUAAAAAGUUGGAAACAUGGUGGUCAACACCAUCCACUGGUUCAGGAAAGGACUACGGUUGCAUGACAACCCUUCUCUGAGAGAUUCUAUUCGCGGAGCAGAUACCCUGCGCUGUAUCUACAUCCUGGACCCCUGGUUCGCAGGUUCCUCCAACAUGGGCAUCAACAGAUGGCGGUUUUUGUUACAGUGCUUGGGAGACUUGGAUGCAAGUCUGCGCAAACUUAACUCCCGCUUAUUUGUCAUCAGAGGCCAGCCCACAGAUGUCUUCCCUCGUCUUUUUAAGGAAUGGCAGAUCACACAUUUAUCUUAUGAAUACGACUCUGAGCCCUUCGGCAAAGAACGUGACGCAACCAUCGUGAAACUAGCCAAUGAAGCUGCAGUAGAGGUUAUGGUGCGGAUUUCACACACUCUCUAUGAUCUAGACAAGAUCAUAGAACUCAAUGGUGGUCAGCCUCCUGUUACCUACAAGCACUUUCAGGUCCUCAUCAGUCAUAUGGCUGCUGUGGAACUGCCGGCAGAGACGAUCACGUCUGAGCUAAUCAAAAGCUGUGCCACACCCAUCAGUGAAGACCAUGAUGCCAAGUUUGGGGUGCCCUCCCUAGAAGAGCUUGGUUUUGAGACAGAGGGCCUGAGCACAGCAGUAUGGCUAGGUGGAGAAACAGAAGCCCUCAUGAGACUAGAACGGCAUCUGGAGAGGAAGGAAUGGGUGGAAAAUUUUGAGCGUCCACGCAUGAAUGCAAACUCCCUGCUGGCCAAUUCCACUGGGCUCAGCCCCUACCUGCGCUUUGGAUGUCUCUCCUGUCGGCUCUUCCACUUCAAACUUACUGAUUUGUACAGAAAGAUCAAGAAGAACAGCACCCCACCAUAUUUCUUGUAUGGGCAGCUGUUGUUGAGGGAGUUCUUCUAUACAGGUGCCACUAACAACCCCUGCUUUGACAAGAUGGAGGGAAACCCUGCGUGUAUACAGAUCCCCUGGGACAGAAACGCAGAGGCACUGGCCAAGUGGGCAGAAGGACGGACAGGCUUUCCCUGGAUAGAUGCCAUUAUGACCCAGCUAAGGCAGGAAGGAUGGAUUCAUCACUUGGCAUGGCGGGCUGUAGCCUGUUUCCUCACCAGAGGAGACCUCUGGAUCUGCUGGGAGGAAGGCAUGAAGAUCUUUGAAGAGUUGCUGUUGGAUGCAGACUGGAGUGUAAACGCAGGCAGCUGGAUGUGGCUCUCGUGUAGUUCAUUUUUCCAGCCGUUUUUCCCCAGUUACUGUCCUGUGGAAUUUGGACAACGCACUGACCCCAAUGGCGACUUCAUACGGCACUAUUUGCCCAUUUUAAGGGGCUUUCCAGCCAAAUAUAUCUACAAUCCAUGGAAUGCCCCAGAGGAUGUGCAGAAAGAAGCAAAGUGUAUCAUAGGAGAGCACUACCCCAAACCCAUGGUGAACCAUGCUGAGGCCUGUCGCAUCAAUGUAGAGCGGAUGAAACAAAUUUACCAGCAGCUUUCCUGCUGCAGAGGACUAGAAAGAGGACAGUUGACACAGAAGAGGCGCCUUGAAGAAGCUCCAUCUGAGAACAGCUCUAAAUCUUUGCGGCAGAGCAAAUAGCCAAAGAGACAAAAUGGGGCUUGGGACCCUCGUUGCAUUGUGGGAUGUGUCGGCCAUGUUUGGGGCAAGUAAACAAAGGCUUUGUCUUUGCCUAUGAAGUCACUUUGAUUGAUUAGCAGAAUCUGCCAGAGACUGGAAUCUGGCAGAAAUACAAGUUACAAAUGAUUGGACCUGUAAGAAAUCCCCAGUGCUGAGUGGAGCAGUGAUCCAGACCUCCUGCCUCCACUGUACACAGCAGGCAUGUUUGCCUACCUUGUUUGUGGUGUGAGUACCUACACAUUGGAUCAGUUUAAAAACUAAAAAUCUUUAGCCUCUCCACUGGGUGCAGGACCUUCAAAUUUUGAAGCCGCCAACGUUGUCAUUCUGACUAAAGUACAUCGAGCUAAACUUAGUAGCAUGUGUGUUUGCUUUUUAAUCGUGGAUGAGAGAGAGUCUGUAUGGAGACUGAAAACAAGUCCAGUCAUGAGGCAUUAAGAUAAACAUUAAAAAUAUGUAUAUCAUUAAUAUGAUUCUGAUAGAAAGAUAUAAAGGCAGCUCUCAGAUAAGAGGGUGACAUGGCCAACAUGUCCAGGAUGCAACGUGGCAUGACGAGAAGAUCCCAUUCCCUAUAGGAAAGGUACAAAACACACAGGAGCGUGCAGGAGCAGCACUUAGUAAGCAUAGAUUUUGCAGGAGCUCUGCCUGUAUCCUCGGAACUCUGUCCUGCAGUGCUCUCAGCUAACACACAGGAACUGUAACUAAAAACGGUGGAGGAUUCAGAGUGUUACUGGUUCUUUUAAGACACUGCUAAGAAAUGGAAACCCAGAAAACACUUAACUGGUUACUCCACUUCAGUCUUGAGAUCAGGAUGUUGGUUCUUCCACUGUAGCAAUGUUACAGCAGAAAGAGUCAGAUCAAAUUACAAACAAGUUCCUUGAUCCUUUAAUCAUUUUUACAAAUUUGCAAGACUGAAAACCCAGAUCUAACCUCAGGUAAAAUGAAAUAUCCAGUUUUUGUAAUAGUGCUGACUCACGUGUCAGUGAUAGUGGUGAGACAGUGGCAGUUAAAGGUCCAGCAUGUAACAUUUAAGGGCUUUUAUUGGUACAAAUAAAACCCUUUUACCCAUUAGUAUGUUUGUAUAUGUUUUUGCUAUGUGUAGGCCGCUGUACAUGCCUGACACAUUUGGGGAAAAAAGGUCUUACCAUUAGAUGCCACUCAUUUUUACACAGUGGACCUUUUUAAUCUGAGCAAACCUCAAGUCACACGCUCAUAAACUAUUGUGAAUAAUUAUUUCAAACAUUGUGUUUGCUUUGUCAACAUGAAUCGCAUUGUUGUGAUCACAUGAACCACACACACUUCCCCAUGAGACGCCUGAGCCCAGAACCACGACACUACAGUAUGUAGGCGUUUCACACUUCUGGAGAGUUGCUGACCAUUGUUUUCACUCUGAAAUAAAUUGACCUGGAUUAAAGGUUGAGCACAAUUAUAUUCUUUAUCAAAACCAAGCCCAUAAAUGAUUCAUGUCAGGAAUAUUGCAUCACCAUGUCAUGCAUUUUCUUAAGACGUGACACAAAGGUCAGGACACAAAAAAAACAAGCCUCACAAAGGCUGUCAUAAAGACUCACUUUAUGAAAGAUGAUGAUCAGAUGAUAAGUACAUCUGAUCAUCUAUUUGGUGUUAAAUCAGCCAGUGACAUGGCAGCAACUCAAUGCAUGUAGAUAUGGUUAAGAUGACCUUCUGGAGUACAGAACGAGCAUCAGAAUCGGGAAGAAAGAGAUAUAAGUGACUUUGAAUAUCAUUUUUGGUGUCUGCUAAAUGACAUGUAAUGUAAUGUAAUGUAAAUAAACACUUGUUACAACCAGAGUAUGCAAAAGACAGUAUAAACACACAUCUCAAAUGAUGAAGCAGAUAGUCUGCUACCAGUGUUCUCUGAUAUGUUUAUAUGUAUAAUAUGUACAUUUUGUCAUGGAAUUUAAACCCAUUAAUAGAUUGUGUGUGCAGUGAAUUAUUUUUGUAUAAAGAAUUACCGAAUGCAAACUGUAUUGAAUUGUCAAUAAAGAAUGGGAACAUU